AAUUGAGAAUAAAUGAGUUAACUGAAGUUUAUUUAAGAUGCUGAGUAAUCCUCUGACAGAUCAAUCUUCAUAAAUACGAAGAGGGUGUAGUAACAGGUUUAGGUUUGGAAUGGCUUCAGAGAAAGGAAGAGUGUGUGUAACAGGAGCUGGAGGCUUCAUUGCAUCGUGGGUCGUCAAGCUUCUUCUCUCCAAAGGCUACUUCGUCCAUGGAACAGUUAGAGAACCCAAGGAUGAGAAAAAUGCGCAUCUGCAUAAACUUGAGAAAGCAUCUAAGAAUCUGAAACUCUUAAAGGCAGACUUACAGGAUUACGACUCUCUCUAUUCUGCGAUUGUUGGAUGCAGUGUAGUCUUCCAUGUUGCAAGCCCCGUUGCAUCCCGCACCGUACCAAAUCCUGAGGUGGAAGUGGUUGAUUUGGCUGUAAAGGGUACACUCAACGUGCUGAGAGCAUGUCUUGAGACAAAAGUUAAGCGACUUGUUCUCACAUCUUCUGCAGCUGCUGUCGGCAACCCCACCUGGCCCAAGGACCGGGUGAUGGAUGAGACUUGUUGGUCUGAUAAGGAACACUGCAGAGCAACUGAGAACUGGUAUUCUCUUUCAAAAACGGAAGCGGAAAGUAAGGCUUUUGAGUAUGGAAAAAGAACUGGGCUUGAUGUUGUAAGCAUUUGUCCUCCCCUUACAUUGGGGCCACUUCUGCAGUCCACAGUGAAUGCAAGUAGCUUAAUUCUCGUUAACCUUCUCAAAGAAGGUUAUGAGUCAUUGGAAAACAAACUUCGGAGGAUAGUUGAUGUGCGUGAUGUAGCUGAAGCAUUGGUUCUGGCAUAUGAGAAGCCCGAGGCAGAAGGUAGAUAUAUAUGCAUGGCACACAUGAUCACAAGAAGGAACCUGGUUGAUCACCUGAAGAGUAUAUAUCCUAACUAUAACUAUCCUAAAAGCUUUACUGAGGGAGGUGAAGGAGAAAGACUAAGUUCAGAGAAACUGCAGAGGUUGGGUUGGACUUUCCGGCCCUUGGAGGAAACUCUCAUUGAUUCCGUUGAGAGCUAUAAGAAAGCUGGAAUCUUAAAUUAAGAAACUAGACAUUUCGAUUCAUCUAUAAUAACAAUUGUAUCAACGUUUUUCUAAUUCUGUACCAGCAUGUAAUUGCAAUUUGCUAAUAAAUAUCUGAUGCCUCGUUUAAAAUCAGAGGCUUGCUUUCACAAA